AUGGCAGACAAAGUGGGCUCCAGCGAGGAUGUGAACAUAAGCUCUGUGACAGAGGAGAUGUUCACCUCCCAUCAGGACCAGAAGGAGCCCCUCUCAUUUCUACUUCCUCUUCCCCACCUUCACACAUCUUCACCUUCACCAGUCUCUCCUCCAUCAGAUCAGACCUACCAACUGGCAGCAGCCGUUUUCCAUCAGCUGCGGACAGAGAAGCCGGUCGCACAACAACUUCUGCAUUAUGGGAGGAAGACAGACGCACCGCUACCAGAAAGCGGAGACAAAACCACACAGAGACAGGCCUACCAACUCGCCUUCAACACACUCAAAUACCAAGAUUUACUGGAGGACAUCAUUACUGACAGCUGCUUCCACACGUCUCAGCACAUCCCCAGUGAUUUGUUGCCGUUGGCGAUGGUGAUGCUGUUUGACUUCCAGGACCGAAGGUUUUUGUUCAGUGAGCGUUCAACAAAGAAAGGGGAAGAACCUGUGCAAGACGUCAGGGACCUAGAGAACAGUCUGCAGAGGUGGAAGACCAAGCUGGCAGCGUCUCUCGCUCGCUGCAGAGUCAAACAGAGUCUGCAGAGUGUCUCCUGUUUUCUGUCCGAUUCUGUCAGGACCAAACAGCACAGAGCUAAACGAUUGCCACUUUACGCCUGGGUCAAUACUCUCAAGACCAGUGUGGAGGAAGUGUGUGAAGCAUUACAAAGAGCCGGCUUGUGUGAAGUAAAGAUCAUUACUGACAUCAGGGAGAGGACAUUCUGCAGAGACCCUCUCUGUCCUGACACACUCGUCUUCUCCCAGCAGCUUCAUGCUCUGCUGCAGCACAGCAGCCUUACCGCUACACAUGCUCUAAACACACAGGACAGGAGUGUGUGCCUGGCAGUGAGCGCGUUACGCCCCCUGCUGUUUGAUAACGGUGACGUCCUGGCGGUGGGAUCUUUCUCAGCUAUGACUGUGGCUCACAUAGCUGUGGCGGCUGCUGCCCGCUGUGUGCGAGUGUUGGUGUGCGCCGCUGAUCACGCUGCUUCACACAUAGAUGAGAUAAAAGAACUUCUCUCACAAAUGGACAUCAAAAAUGUGCGAGUCCUGUCAGAAGCCUUCUGUGGUCUGAAUGAGUGGCACGCCACUGUCCAGCGUUUAAAGGUCAUCAUAGUGGUGCCUCAGUGUUCGUCCUCAGCCCUCAAUGACCCUGUGCCCACCAUGCACAGUGAACAAGGAGACUGGGGUCUGCUGCCGGACUUGUGCCACAGUUCUGUGUCCCACAGCAAAAUACACACAAUGACCAUCCAGCAGGCGCGACUACUAACACACGCUCUCUCCUUCCCAAAGGUUCAGACGGUGGUUUACUGCACACGCUCAGUGUAUCCCGAGGAAAAUGAACAGCUGGUGAAACGAGUGUUAGAGAAAACACACACUCACCCAAAACUACUGCCCUUCAGGGUGAACGGCCCCAUUUUCCCUGAUGACUCCUCGUCAGGAGACAGCAUGGACUCCAAGUUCUUCAGGCUCCAAACAUCUCAAUUCACCAACGGCUGCUUCAUCGCCCGGCUGUCCCGACAGGCGGAUCCCACCAAGGUAGAGACGGUCCACGACGUGCUGGCAAGGGCAGCGGCAAAGGGCCUCCUGGGUGGUAUCAUUCCUGAACAAUCAAAAACCAGUAAAAAAGGGAAAAGCAGGAAAAAUCGCAGCACGUCAGCCAACAGCAAACCUUCAUCCCCCUCGAGUCAAGAGACGCAGACAGGAACAGAGCACGAGAACAGAGAAGAUUCAGUCACACCUUCAGAAGAGAGUAAAGGUGAAUGUGGUGAGGAGGAAAAGGAAGAAGACAAGGGGAAAAAGGGUGGAAAAAAGGGUAAAGGGCUUAAAGGAGGUAAGCGAAAGGUCAAAUGGGGACCAAAACAAGCCAAAAAGAUAACCACAGUCUCAAAGCAUCACCCAAAAAGCCCCAAAAAGAGAUCAACAAGGAGAAAAAUCAACCAAUCACAUUACAGGAGGCGCAGGAGAAGAAUACCUCGUCUCACGCUGACGUUAAUGUCUUCAGCAAAACCCUCCCACCACCUGUCUCCAAUCACAGCCCUCGCACACAAGCUCAGUAAGAACGCAACCAUUAAAUCACAGCAAAGCACCUCCUCUCCGAUCCCUCCUGCUCCUCCUCCUGCAGCCUCCACACAGGUGCAGAGACUCACAGAGUCUGAGAGAGCAGAGAAAACACUGAAGGAGAAGCCAGAGAGCCCGAAACAGGCCAGAGGGAAGCUGGUCAGACCCAAGAAGGAAGAGACUACUGAGAGAGUGUUGAAACCUGCAGAUUUGGUCCUCCCGCCAAUUUCCUCCUCGUCCUCCAGCUCCGUCAGCAGGAAGAGUAGUUCCCAGACCUCCCACUGUCAGCUCACCCAAAUAUCUGCAUCCUCCUCCUCCUCAGUGUCUCUGCCUGGAUUAUAA